AUGAAAAAGCUGCCAGAGUUUCUCUACGCGCGAACGUUCGGACCGAGUGGCGAGGUCAAUAGCGGGCUGCUCAGGUACGACUGUCGGUGUCGUGCGCAUUCCAGAUCGGCUCCUGAUUUUUCGUCGUACGGGACAUCAGGUCCAAAAGGACGAGACCAAGUUUCACUGCGAGCGGUUGUCGACCACGAAGCGUCUCGACGUGGAUGUCUGUCUCUCUAUGCAAAAGCCCGUCCUUGUUGGACCGUGCGCCAUCUCGGCCACGAAAUCCUGGCACUCGUGCCUGUCACACGUUGUGCCUGCUAUGCCACGUUCGACUUGUUGCACGUUGUGGCAAACAAACUCAAGCAAGCAUCAACGCCCUCUAUCAACAGUAUCAAUGCUGCCACAUGCCCCGGUCUUUUCCUAUCCCUCUUUUCCACCCGCACACACGUGCCCGUGCUCGCGCCUGUCGCCGAAACGGUGGGUAAAACUCCCCAGUCUUUCGCCUCUCGCCUUUUCUGUCACGACAGAAGUGCGAGUCGUACGCGACGAUUUGCAGCAGCAAAACCCCAGCGAGCAAACGAGUCGCUGCUAAUCUAG